AUGAAGGUUAACUUUGAUGGUGCCACCUUCUCAUCCAAAGCUCUGGCUGGUUUGGGAGCCAUUAUCCGGAACGACCAAGGUCUAGUUAUGGCUGCCUAUACACAAUCUAUUCCCCUGCCUACUUCGGUAGAGACAGUGGAAGUGUUGGCAGCGCGCAGUGCAAUCUGCCUGGCUAAGGAUCUGAAUUUUUCCAAGGUAAUCUUUGAAGGUGACUCGGAGAUCAUCAUUAAAGCCAUCAACAAGGGAGAUCUUCUGUCCUCAAGCUUUGGCCACAUUCUGAAUGACAUUAAUCUUCUAUCCAAAUCCUUUCAACGGGUGUCUUUCUGUCACACUCGCAGAUUAGGGAAUAGAGUUGCCCAUGGUUUGGCUCGUAUGGCUUGUAAUUUUUCUGAUUACCAAGUCUGGAUGGAGGAUGUUCCUCCGGACUUAUAUGAUGUAUAUUGUUCUGAUUUCCCUAAAUGA